CUUCAAGUGACAGCGUUAGAAAACAAGCUGGGGAAAAUGACGUCUGCUUGAUCUGGAGUUUGUUAAAGAGAAAAUAUGAGCGAUCCAGAACCCUGUAGAAUGAAAGGCCUGUUGGAACUAAAUGAAGUGGAGACGAUAAACCAUGAGUAUCAGAAAGCACAUCUUUUCACAACUGGAGAAAAAUCUUUUGGUUGUUCACAGAAUUUCACACAAGAAAGUUCUCAAACUAGAGCUAAAAAUUCUUUAACUUGCCCUCACUGUGGAAAAAUGUUCAGACGAAAAGGAGAUCUUAUUAAACACAUAAGAGUCCACACUGGAGAGAAGCCUUUCGCAUGCACUCUGUGUGGGAAAAGUUUCAAACUAAAUGGAGAUCUUAGCAAACACAUAAGAAUUCACACUGGAGAGAAGCCAUUCACAUGUCCUCAGUGUGGAAAGAGCUUCACAUUAAAAUCAAACCUUAAGGAUCAUGUAAGAAUUCACACUGGAGAGAGGCCAUUUACAUGCACUCAGUGUGGAAAGAGUUUCCCCCGUAAUGAACAUCUUCAGAUUCAUAUUAGAUUCCACACAGGAGAGAAGCCUUUCACAUGCCCUCAGUGUGAAAAAAGUUUCCGAAAUAAAGGAUAUCUUAAUCAACACAGAAGAAGCCAUGCUGGAGAGAAGCCUUUCACGUGCCCUCAGUGUGGAAAGAACCUCAAAUGUAAAGCAAUCCUUAAAAACCACAUGAGAAUUCACUCAGGAAAGAAGCCUUUUACAUGUCCUCAGUGUGGAAGCAGCUUCGCAUGUAAAGCAAACCUUCAAGAUCACAUAAGAAUCCACACUGGAGAGAUGCCUUUCUCGUGCCAUCAGUGUGGAAAGAGCUUUAGAUGGAAAAGCAGUCUCGAUAGUCAUCUGCGCCUCCAUUCUGGAGAAAGAUCUUUUAAAUGUAAUCAGUGCAGUAAAACAUUUUUCUUGUCAGCAGGCCUGAGAAAACACCUGAAAACUCAUGCAAAUGAGAAGCCUCACUUGUGUCCUACUUGUGGAAAAAGGCUUACAAGUCAGUUCCAUUUAAAAGAGCACCAGAAAAUACAUACUGGUGUGAGAGCUCAUGUAUGUCCUGUGUGUGGGAAAUCUUUCACUACAAUUGACAGCUUGAAAAGGCACCAAAUAAUACAUACUGGAGAAAAACCUUACACGUGCCCACAUUGUGGAAAGAACUUCAGUCGAUUAGGAGCCCUGAAAAGACAUGAGCGAGUGCAUACUGGAGAGAAACCAUAUCACUGCCCUUUAUGUGGGAAAACUUUCAACCAAUCAAGUCAUCUACAGACUCAUUUGAAAAAUCGUUGCUCAAAAUCACAACGUGAGCAAAGUUCAUCUUCAGGUCCAACAAGUAAAUCGUUAGAAAUUCAGAUGGACUUUCUCCCAACAGAUUUUAAUCAAAGAUUGUAAUGAGAUAAAAUGACCAGUAGUGGUGAUUGCAUUUGAAUAUUUACGGGAGAUAUUUAUUUUGGCGGGGAUGCUUUGUGUGUUUGAGUAGCAUGAUCACAAGGGAGGUUGCAUGUUGUUUUCUGUACUUCCAGUACCAUAGGAUAGGUCACAGUAUGCCGACUCACUGAAAAGCACCAUCUUCUUGCAUUGACUCCAUUGUGUAUUAACUUCCCCUGUGGUGCGACCGAAAGUAAUCUUGUUAAUAUAACCAGUGACGAGCAUGAUUCUGAGGUUGCAGUUUGAGUUAGGGGGUUCAGUUUAUAAACAUGCACCAUGCAAUCCUCUUUACUGUAUUACGCCUGUACUGCUGAAAACAACUCUCUUUUGGUGCCCUUCUGUGAACAUUUCAACCAUGGAAAAUGGAGCUCACACAUGGCCAUAUGCCCAACAACACUUACCGUUUGUCCACUGGGGGCAAUGUUUUGAAUUUUGGUAAGCACAGAUCGAUUGUAGCUAAAGAAAACUCAACAUAAUGUUUCUGAUUUUACUGUGAGAUCAGUCUGGUUUGAGACAUGCUUGAGCUGUACCGACACACAGAAAACCUAAGACUACUCUCAUAUGAGUAGCCAUCAGAAGGCCCACACAAAACUCAGCAGAAUGCACUCACAAAAUUCUACUCAUGGAAUGGCACAGUUCCACAACGAGAACUGCUAUAGACCAUUUCAAGAACUACUCAUUGGUGACGUCAUUGUUCCAUGACCAUUUCCUGCUAGUCAAAACAGAGUCUAUUUAGCAGAGAUGGGCCACUUCUAUUAAAAUUAAUGGGAGAAAUUGGAAUGCUCAAUGGCAGCCAAUGGUUAACAAAUGUAGAAACGAAGUCCCGCUUUACAGGUGAAAUAGCCAAUCACCUUUUAGAUACAGAAAUCGCCUCUCAAUCAACUCAAGAACGUGCAUUAGCUAUACGAGAUGGUCAAAUUGCAUUUAUUUGCAUAAUUUGAGGUAAAGAAACACAAAUUUAUGAUACCAGUUGUGAUGGAACGACACGCCCCUCCCGUGAAUCAUCAUCGCCCCGCCUCAUGUGAUGGAGCUAGUAUGAUCACAAUGAAGAGCCUCAUCAAUGCUGCCUAUAAACACAGAGCCUCUCAUCGGGAGACUGGUCUCUACCUGCAGGCAUCUUUCCAGGUCCAGGAAUGGAGCGGGAAGUGUCCGGUGCAAGUUCGAUGUGGCAGCAGGGAUUGGAGCACGCAUCGCAGCGAUGGGCCAGGAUGCCGGGCCGCUAUUCCCCUCAAGUGCCAAGGCCCAGGGAAGCAAGGCUGCUCGAGUGAAGCUGCUGCCCCACGCACCUCAGACAAGGACAGGAGUGCGUCAUGGGACCCUGCCCACUAUCACCUGGACCUACGUCUGUCUUCACUGCUCUUCCCUCACAUAGCACUUUCCACCUUCCUUCAAUGACGAUUGUCCUUCAAUGACGAUUGAGUAGCAAAUAAAAUAGACCAGGACUGCAGGGAAAUUGUUGUAAUAUAUCAUACAAUUUUGCAAAACAUCACCACAUACCAUCUUUACAAGAUUUGAAGGAUCUUAUUUUAUGUUUUAUGCUGCUGAUAACAGUAGUUUAUGUUUUAAACUACUGUUUAUUUCAAUGGUGGCAUUCUGGGUAGUGUGACAAAUGAGCUUAGCAUUAAACAAAACUAAUAAACACUUACGUUUGUGAAUUUAGAUCAUGAAAUUGAGAAAUCUACAAAACUGUACAAUCCUUGACUUACAAGAUAUUUAAAGUAGGACUUACAGAGAGAUAAUUUGUGAAAUUCUACUAGUUAAAAUGCAGUUAGAGAGGCUUUUACUAGUUACAUUUCCAUUUUUAAUAUCACACGUUUAAUGAUAUUGCAUGACAUGAGCGCAAAGUGAUCAUCUGUGUUCCGCAACUACUUUCGGGUCCUUGAAUAACAUAUAACGUGCAAUUAAGCGCAGCCGGUGGACUUUCUGGUGCCCUCGUAGGGUAAGAUGUGCCCUCCUAGGGAGUUGGUGCCCUACGCUGACUGCAUAGUCUGCUUAUGGGGAGCGGCGGUACUGUUGUAGUCUAUAAUUCAUCUCCUGCACAUGAUUAAAUGUCAAAAAGGCUUGUGAGAACAAACUGCCAAAUGACCACUUAAGGCUUCAUUAAUCUACAGAACCUCUGAGCAUCUGAGCAGCCCAGAACAAUUCACCACUAAUGGCCCAUAAUAGAAUAUGGAGCUAGUGCACUAGUUAAGUAGCGAUCUGACAUUAAAUAGAAGUAGAAAUGAUGACAAUAACAAAUCUAGUUUGUUAAAUUGGAGUGUGAGAACAUAAGUGAUCUAGAAUCCUGCAGAAAGAAACAUAUGAAGAAGCAAAUAGGUUAGUGAAUAUGCCUGAUUGAUUUUCCAGCAGCCAUCUCACCCUGUAGCUCAAGGCUGGUUGCCUAUUGAAGCUAAGCUGGGCUGAGCCUGGUCAGUACUUAGAUUGGAGACCACCUGGGAAAACAAAGGUUUCUGCUGGAAGAGGUAUUAGGGAGGCCAGCAAGGGGUGCUCACCCUGCAGACUGUGUAGGCCCUAAUGCCCCAGCUUAGUGACGGGGACACUAUACUGUAAAAAGGCUCUGUUCUUCAGAUGAGAUGUUUAACUGAGGUGCUGAAUCUCUGUGGUCAUUAAAAAAUUCCCUCCAUUGGCCCAUCUCAAUCAUGCCUUCCUAAUAAUCCCUAUAUCACUCCACUAUCUCCUCUCCAACAAUAGCUGGUGUGUGGUGAGCAUACUAGCACACUAUGGCUGCCAUCGCAUCAUCCAGGUGGAUUCUGCACACUGGUGGUGGUUGAGGAGAGUCCCCUGUUUAGAGUGUAGUGUCAGAAAAGCGCUAUAUAAAUGUAACGUAACAUUCAUUCAUUGAUUGAACAGCAUUUGCCUACAAUAUCUGAUGACAUAGUUAACUUUUAGUACAUAAAAUACAACAAAUAAAAACUUGACCUAAACUAUUUCAUGUCACAUUUACUAUUGAAUGGACCUUUGAUGUUAAAUGUUUAUUGCAGGACUGUUGGAACUAAAUGAAGUGGAGGAGAAACGUGUUACCAUAAUAAAUUAUGGAAAAGUAUUUGAGUUCUGAAUCUCUUUAUUUGUGUAACAUAAUAUGCUGAAGUAAAUGUGUUCAGUUCACAGUAACAUUGUAGUGCAAAAACAUCAGGUAAAAGUGGCAGUGUAGCCUUCAAGUAC